GUAGCGCGUGAGGAUUUUAGCACCAUAAUUGGCUCAACUCCAGAGAUUGUAGUCUACAAAGGAACAAUGAAGGAUGGACCUGAGGUUUUUGUCAUAUCAUUAUGUGCCUUUGAAGGUUAUGAUCUGGCAAGGUUGAGUCAUGAGAACAUAGCAAAGUUUCUGGGCUAUUGCAGAGAGAGUGACCCAUUCUCGAGGAUGCUACUCUUUGAGUACGCAUCAAAUGGGACCCUGUACGAGCACCUACACCAUGGAGAAGAGGCCCAAUUCUCUUUGCUCAAACGAAUGAAAAUAGCCAUCAGCAUCGCCCAAGGUUUAAGGUAUCUGCACACCGAGUCGCAGCCGCCUUUCGCUAUAUCAGAGCUGAACUCCAAUUCAGUAUACAUUAUAGAAGAUUCUACCCCCAAGGCUGACGACGUCGUCUACUGAAGCCCCACCGGCGACGCGACGGGAGAGCUCCGGCCUGUACGUGGGUGUGGGAAGACAGAUCCGCAUCGCCAGCCUACACAAGGCCAUGUCAACGCCUCGACGCAGGGUUCAUCAUCCGUCUUCGUCGGCUUUCAGGUUCUAAAUGAGAAGGUAAGGAUGUACUUGAGCUGCAUGAGAAGACCCAGUUCCAUUAUCUCAGAAGCCAGAAGUUUCCCAUUUAAUAUCUUUGGUUCUAAAAUUUGUUUAAGAAAAUGGCCAUUUUGCUAUUAGCACCACGAUUAUGUGUCAAUUGUAGAUUCUUAAUUGUUUAGAAUUAUUUUAUAUGUUUGAUUCCUUCGGUUCAUAUUUAUUCAACAACAAAAUAUUUUCAAGAUUGGUCCGUUUGAGGAUCAAACUUCGAACAUGUGAAUUGAUGUGGCAUCAAGCUAAGUCCGUUGAUACAUUGCUAUCCUUUUUUGCUUUGCACAAUUAAUCUUGUCACUAGAGAUGUAUGUAAAUCCUCUAGCUUUGCUUAUUUUAUCUUUUUAUUUCA